AUGCCUUUCGGGCCUACGCACUCGAUCAUCUUGCAACUCGCUCAAUGGUCGGUCACGAGCUUCUUCAGCGAGUCCGUCACCAUGGGCGAGGAGAAUGUGCCAACGGACGAUGGCUUGAUCGUCUGUACUAACCACUGGAACAUGACUGUCGACCCUGCUGUCCUGUCGGUGCUCUUCCCGCACGGUCGCCGGAUGCAUUACUGGGCCAAGGACUCGCUCUUCAAGAACAAGGUGGGCGCAGCGAUACUGUAUGAUGCCGGCAACAUACCCGUAGACAGAAAGAACAAGAACAAUCAGCUCCUCUUUGCGGGCACUUUUGAUGUUCUCAAGCUCAACGAAUGCGUCUCCAUCUUUCCCGAGGGAACAUCCUAUACAGAGCCUCAGAUCAGAGCGAUCAAGGAUGGCGCGAGUUGGGUCGCUCUCGAAUAUGCCAAGAAUCUGCGCGAUCAAGGGUCGAAGGACUCCCAUGGCACGACAAUCGGAGGCAUCAAGCAUCCCAAGAUUGCUGUUGCCGGCAUCAACUAUACAGACAAGUCGAAAUAUCGCAGUCGCGUGAUCAUGCAAUUCGGAGAGACCAUAGACGUCGAACCCUACAUUGACGACUUUCUCAAGGAUCCGAAACCGACAGUCAAGCGUCUGACGGACAGGCUGCAGGGUUCCCUGCGUUCGCUUACCGUCAAUGCGCCCGACUGGGAUAUCAUGAACGCAGCGAAAGGUGCAAGAUACCUGCUCUAUCCGGCAGAAGCCGAUCUGCCGCUUCGGCAGUAUCAGCGCGUUUCGCAGGCCCUCAUCGAUUUCCUAUCUGCGCCGAAAGCAGCCGCUAAGACAAGCGAGCUGAAGCAGAUCCUCGUCGACUACGAUGCCGCACUGAAGAAGGCGGGACUUUCGCACAACCAGCUGGCGGACUACGGCUUACCGUCAUCCCUCGAUCCCACCCGGCCUAUCGAUACGCCCACUCGAGUUGCUGCACUCACUCAGCUCGUAGGAUCUACUCUCGCCAGUCUUGUCAGGCUGCCCUUCUUCAUCCCGCCAUUAAUAUUCCAUCUGCCGGUUUACACAGCGGGCAAGCUUACUCUGAAGUACAUCAACAGCAAGGAAGAAGAGUCUUUCGCGCAGAACAAGGUACUGAUAUGUAUGAUCAUGCUGCUCGUCAGCUAUCCAGUCCUAUUCCUCCUCAUUUGGUCAAUCUGGCUACCUUCCAAAGUCGGCGCCGUACUCUCUUUUGGCCUCGUCUGGGCUUUCGCCCAUUUCCACGUUGCCAUGAUCGAUGACAACUAUGCGCACUUCAAGCGACUAACGACGAGCUGGGUCGUCCUCUCGGGUGUAUGGCUACCCGAAGCAAGUGGUCAGGCGGCUCAGGGUAACCCGAUCAGAGCUGCUCUGCUCGCCCGGUCACGCGCCAUCGUCAAGCUUCGGGAAGCUUUGGCAAACGCAGACGACUUGGUGCCAUUGCUCAAGCAGACCGGCGCUCGCUCGCGCUACCUGCCUGCGACGCCCACACAUGUCAAAUCAGAGUGA